AUGCUGGAGUUCUUGCUGGUGGUCUUAGCAGCGGCGGCAGCCGCCACCACCGAGGCGGCGGAGGCAGAGUCCGCGGCCAACGUGGCCAGCGGCAGUCCGAAGGGCGGCGCUGGGAACAUCAUGUACGGCGCGUGCGCGGCCAGACACUUGAACCAGCACCCUCGGCCUGUGUCCCCAAGUCGCCUCUCCAACCCCAGGCAUCAAUCUCCUCCCCUGGCCCUCGACCUCGCAGCUGGGUACCUGAACUCGGGCCUCCGACAGCCCCAGCCGCUGGCUCAGCUCCUCCCGCAUGAAGGCAUCCGGGUAGUGGGUCUCGUCAAAAAGCCUCUCCAGCUCGUUGAGUUGUUCCAAGCUCCGGGGACACUGAAGGAAGCACCACCGACGGGCCACACGUGCGUCCACGCACACACCAACGCGCGCGCGCGCACACACCGACACACACACGGACAAAAACAGAACAGCGAAUCCCGUUACCGGAUUUGUCUCAAGCCUAGGGAAACUCGCGCUGGAUGCGACCCUUCAUCGGCCGCCCGGUCCCGCGCCCCUCCCGCAGCCCGGCCGGUGAACUUCCCCGUCCGCCUGCCGGCCGUCCCGGGUGCCGGCCCACCCUACGGCUGGAAGGCGGGAAGGGGAACCGCGGCCGGGGGUCAGGCCGUUACCCUCCGUGAGCCGCGGGCUGCCCGGCUCCCGGCUUCUCUCGGCAGCGCCCAUGUCCAGCUCCCGGACGGGAGAGCGCCCUCCUCCAGCUCCUCCGCCCGCUCCUCCUCCGGCGCCUCCUCCGCCGCCCCCGCCUCCGCCUCCUCCGCCGCCGCCUCCGCCGGCCGCCCGGACUGCCGGGCUGCUGCGGUCGUCGCGGCCGGGCUCGGCGCAGCCGCUCGGCUCCUUGGCCCCGCGCAGCGGCCCGCUCUCCAGCACCUCCCGGUUAUAAAAAUGGGACGUCGGUCAUCAGAUACUGAAGAAGAAAGCAGAAGCAAGAGAAAAAAGAAGCACCGUAGACGGUCAUCUUCGAGCAGUUCUUCAGAUAGUAGAACAUACAGCCGAAAGAAAGGCGGGAGAAAGUCAAGGUCCAAGUCAAGGUCUUGGUCCAGAGAUCUUCAGCCUCGUUCGCAUUCCUACGACAGAAGACGUAGGCAUCGAUCAAGCAGUAGCUCUUCUUAUGGCUCUAGAAGAAAACGAAGUCGAAGUCGUUCAAGAGGUCGGGGGAAAUCUUAUAGAGUUCAGAGGUCUAGGUCCAAAAGCAGGACAAGGAGGUCCAGGUCAAGACCUCGUCCACGUUCCCAUAGUCGAAGCAGUGAGAGGUCCAGUCACAGAAGAACCCGUAGUCGGUCUCGGGAUAGAGAACGGCGUAAAGGCAGAGAUAAAGAGAGAAGAGAAAAGGAGAAGGAUAAAGGCAAGGACAAGGAGUUACACAACAUCAGACGCGGGGAAUCUGGAAACAUCAAAGCUGGAUUAGAACAUCUGCCUCCAGCUGAACAGGCCAAAGCCAGACUACAGCUCGUUCUUGAAGCUGCUGCAAAAGCUGAUGAAGCAUUGAAAGCCAAAGAAAGAAACGAGGAAGAAGCAAAGAGGCGAAAGGAGGAAGACCAAGCCACCCUGGUAGAACAAGUAAAGAGAGUAAAAGAAAUUGAAGCUAUUGAAAGUGAUUCUUUUGUUCAGCAGACAUUCAGAUCAAGCAAAGAAGUCAAAAAGUCAGUGGAACCUAGUGAAGUGAAGCAGGCGGCGUCAGCUUCAGUUCCGGCAUCGGCAGUUGCUGACUCGCCCAGUCUAGAGAAAGAAAUAGACGCUAGCAGCAUCCCCACUGCCAUCAAGUACCAAGAUGACACCUCUCUGGCCCAUCCGAACUUAUUUAUCGAGAAAGCUGAUGCUGAGGAAAAGUGGUUCAAGAGGCUAAUUGCCCUCCGACAAGAAAGACUAAUGGGCAGUCCUGUGGCCUAAGUCGUAUACAUGUGGAUAGGUUGACAGUAACAUUAGAAAUUUAGGCUUUCAAAUCCCAGUAUUAAGUUUCAAGUCAUAAAAAGAAUUUAGUUGAUUAUAUUAAAAGGUAAUGUCAUUUCAUUCUUUUCUCAUGUAAGCUUGAGUAUUUGUUGAUUUGAAGUAAAACAUUGUGAAUAAAACUAGUAUAAAAUUUAAGAA